CAUGGAGAGAACUUAAACAUUCAGGAUGCUGGCCCUCAAGGACUGACUUUGGGAACCUUUGUGUGUAGCCCCUGCGUUUUAAGUAUCUCUAGCUAGGAAUUACUCCAUGCCUAACCAGAAGUGCCUGAAGAAUGUGAUUUUAAUUGAAUCCCAGAUUGAAAUACAACGAAAUUAGAUCUAAUUUGUCCAUUAUAGCCAUUGUAAUAAUAAUAAUAAUUGUUAUUAAGUUGUGGCCACGAUUUUUAUUUUGUCCCAUAUCACCAAAUGAACUCUGUAAAUUACACUGCUGCACAACUGUGUGCUAUGUAAAACAAAUAAGUAACUAAAUAAGCCGCCGCCUUAACAUUGUCUCACAUGGAUGACGUUUCUGUUUACUAAGGAACUGCCCCCCUGGCUUCGUUGUAGCAUUUUUUUUUCUAACCAAAUAUUUAAACAACUGCUUACCAGCCAGGUACGGCAGCUCUCUAUACUGUUUAUACACAUUACUUAGACUGAAAACACGCUAAGUCCUUGUGUUGAGAGUUUAAACAAACGCUGAAGUUGAUCCGUUGAGACGGCAUGACAGUUUAGCUUGUUGCUCCACGUAAGAGCUAACUAGCCACCUGCUAACCAGUUAGCUAAACAGUGUCAACUCUCGAAAUCUGGCUCUGCUUUUAAAGCUGCUUACUGGUUGUUGUUCCAUCUCUAGAGUAGCAUGAAAUAAACAGCGAAAUAAAUGCAGGAGUUUUUGUUUAAAGUGACUAAUAUCGUGAGACGACGGUUAAUCUGUUGACAGGCUGGGAUCUUAGAUGGAGUGAGUGUUGAGCCCCAGUGAGAUGACUGACCAGGGCAACAACAAUCACAACAUCUCCUGCAACCCCUUCGCUGCCCUCUUCACCUCACUGGCUGAUGCCAAGGAGUUUGCAUCAAGCCAAAACCUGCAACCGCAACCUUGUAAAUCACCAUCGGAGGAGUCGGGAGGAAGCCACUCAGAGUCGGAGGCCUCCGUCUCUGACAGCGUCGACGACAACGACUCCGUAGCAGAAAUCAGUCGCUCCUUCCGGUCCCGGCAGGAGCUUUGUGAACAGCUCAAUGUCAACCACAUGAUCCAGAGAAUAUUUCUAAUCACGCUUGAUAACAGCGACCCCAGCCUGAGAGGAGGCAAUGGGAUCCCUCCUCGAUGCGUUUUCCUGGAAGAAAUGGCUGCAGCUCUGGACGGCCAGGAUUGGCUGGACAGGAACAACGUAGAGCAGGCUCUGUUUAACCGCCUUCUGCUCCCGGAGCCAGGAAACCAUCUCAUCUACAUGACCUCCUGCAGUGCCGUGAACCUGUCGGCUGACCGGGACGCUGGAGAGAAAUGUGCCAUCCCUUACCUCUUUGCUUCUUACCAGAGGGCAAAGGAGGAGUUGACAAAAGUCCCAGAAAAAUUACAUUCAUUUGCCGUACGCUGCAAGAACCUGACAGUGUCCAACGCGCGCACCGUUCUGCUCACCCCAGAGAUUUACGUCAACCAGAACGUCUACGAGCAGCUUCUUGACCUGUGGCUUGAAGGUUUCAGAGCAGCACGGCCUGAGGAGGUGAUUCAGUUUCUGGAGGAGGUCAUUGGUGGCAUACUCUCUGACCAAGAGGUGCGAACCUUUGAGGAGGUGAUGGUUCCGGUCUUUGAUAUCUUCCAGGGGCGCAUCAAAGACUUGGACCUUUGCCAGCCUCUGCUCUACGACUACCUGGAUGUUCUCCUCUAUUUUUGUCACAAUAAGGAUAUCGCCAAGGUGUUGAUGGAGCACAUUCAGCCCAAAGACCCAGCUAAUGGUCUGCAGUACCAGAACAGCCUGCUGGGGGUGAUUUUGAACAUAUCCUGCUUGCUGAAAACCCCAGGGGUUGUAGAGGGGCAUGGCUACUUCCUGAACCCUUCUCGCUCCAGUGCCCAGGAGACAAAGGUCCAGGAAGCCAACAUUCACCAGUUUAUAGGUCAACUUCAUGAAAAACUGUACCAGAUCUUGAAGAGUUUGCUGCAGCGGUCCAGUGAGACGCGCCACCUGCUGCUGACCUGGCUGGGCGGCUGUCUGCAGGCGAACGCAGGUCGUGCUAAGAUAUGGGCCAACCAGGUGCCUGAGCUCUUCUUCCAAAUGUACGCCUCCGAUGCGUUUCUCCUCAACCUGGGGGCCGUUCUGCUGAAGCUGUGUCAGCCGUUCUGCAAGCCCCGUUCACCCAAGCUGCUAGCCUUCGACCCGACAUACUGCACUCUCAAAGAGCUGAGCGAAGAUGACCGGCGUAAUCGCAACGUCCACGCAAGAGGUCUUGAGAAGGAGACCUGCUUGAUCCCUUUGCCCCCUCAGCAGCAGGUGGAGUCUGCACGAACCUUCACCCUGCUGACUGAAAACCUCGUCUUCACACAGCUCACCCUGCAUCUUGGCUUUCACCGACUCCACGAGCAGAUGGUCAAGAUGAACCAGUCACUCCAUCGGCUCCAGGUGACCUGGCAGGACGCCCAGCGCGCGGGCAGCCCGCUGUCCGAGCAGCUCCUGGAGCAGUUUGAGCGUCUGAUGAUCGUGUAUCUGUCGACCAAAGCUGCCAUGACGCAGCCCGCCAUGCUGCACUGUUGCCUUAACCUGCAAGCUUCCACUGCUGCUCUGCUUGUUCAGCUGAGCAUGGGAAACCACGGGCCCGAACAUGUAGCACUCAGCUUUCCCCUGGCGCCCGUGCACAACACCAUGCUCUGCUACGUACCAGAGUUUUUUGCAGAAAACCUGGGAGACUUCUUCAUCUUCCUGCGCCGCUUUGCAGACGAGAUCUUGGAGUUCUCCGCGGAAAGUCUGGAGCAGAUCCUUAACUUCAUAACUGUCUUCAUGGGAAACGUGGAGAAGAUGAAGAAUCCCCAUUUAAGAGCAAAGCUUGCAGAAGUGUUGGAAGCCGUGAUGCCUCACAUGGAGCCGCUGGCUCCUGGUGCUGCUCAGCCCAACGUUUUCCAGAGGGAGAAUGUUUUCUGCUCCUACGCCCAUGCACCUCAGCUGGCUGAGGCCCUCAUCACUGUGUUUGUCGACAUUGAAUUUACAGGUGACCCUCAUCAGUUUGAACAGAAAUUCAACUACAGGAGACCGAUGUAUCCGAUUCUGAAGUACAUGUGGAGCAAAGGCAGCUAUAGAGAGAGCAUCAAGCAUUUGGCAAACUAUGCAUCCGAGAACCUGGAGGCCAUGAACCCCCCUCUGUUCCUCAGGUUCCUCAACCUGCUCAUGAAUGACGCCAUCUUCUUACUGGAUGAGGCUAUUCAGUACUUGAGUAAAAUUAAGAUUCUGCAGCUUGAGCGUGACAGAGGGGAGUGGGAAAGCCUGACCCCUGACGUCCGGAGAGAAAAAGAGUCAAGCCUGCAGAUGUUUGGACAACUGGGACGCUUCCACAACAUCAUGUCCAAUGAGACUAUCGGCACACUGGCCUUCCUUACCUCAGAGAUCAAGGGCAUCUUUGUGCACCCAUUUCUGGCCGAGAGGAUCAUCUCGAUGUUGAACUACUUUUUGCAGCACCUGGUUGGUCCAAAGAUGGGUGCACUUAAAGUCAAGGACUUCAGUGAGUUUGACUUUAAGCCACAGCAGCUCGUUUCUGACAUCUGCACAAUCUACCUAAACCUGGGUGAUGAGGAAAAUUUCUGUGCCACAGUCCCGAAGGACGGACGAUCGUAUUCGCCGACACUUUUCUCCCAGACUCUCCGUGUGCUAAAGAAGAUCAACAAGCCUGGCGACAUGAUUGUGGCGUUUGGACUCCUUGCAGAUAAAAUUAAGUCUCAUGCAGACAGGCAGCAACAAGAAGAGGAAACGUAUGCAGAUGCUCCAGAUGAAUUCUUGGACCCCAUCAUGUCCACCCUGAUGUCGGAUCCUGUUCUUCUUCCCUCUUCUAAUGUUACUGUAGAUCGUUCCACUAUAGCAAGACAUCUCCUCAGCGACCAAACCGACCCUUUCAACCGCAGUCCUCUCACCAUGGACCAGAUCAAGCCAAACACGGAGCUCAAAGAGCGGAUCUCACAGUGGUUGGAGCAGCACAGGCAGGACAAGCAGCAGCAGGGACCCAGCGGCUAGUCCCACACUGGAACAACAGUGACUUCUCCCUUCGUUGUUUUGCUCCUUUGCUUCAGUGGCAAAUCCACAGUAUGCUUUCCUCUGUGGAUUUCUUCUUACUUCUCUGCUGUAGGCGCUUAUUGCAUAAGCCCACUCAUGCUUAAUGGACCCUCUCUGUGACAACAGUCCAUGCAAACUUCACUUUAAAAUCAAUAAACUAUAGUUGUGCUCCUCGCAAGGUGCCCACUCGGGUUAACAUUCGCGGGAUGAGGCUGCUUCUGCUUGUGCUGUUAUCGCAGUGGGAUUUAGAGCCAGAAGCAGCAGUUCAGUGUGAACCUCCUUUCUGACCUUUUUACAAUACAAGGUAAGUAUUUUAGACAAGUCAUGGGUUAAUAACAUAGAAACACGAGGUGUUUAACAUUUGAAACUGAAUUUAUCCUUGUGAAGAAUACCAUGCACUCAUCAAGACUCCAUACGUUUGCACCUGUUGGUAAAACGUCAAUUGGCAGGCUCUUUGUAAAUAAAAUUGGCAACAUGACAUAAAACUAAACAUUCAUUGAUUUUAAUUGAUUAACAAUAAAGUUCUACAUUUAGGCAUUAAAAACCUUAAACGUUGUAUUUGUGUUUUAACACAGAUUAUGAGGAAAUUUUUUUAAGUGUAUUGAUCAGUGUGACUUCAAUUUCCUGAAUGUGGCGUGGGGGACUCUCAUUGGAAAGUCAAACUAAGAGCAACUCAGAAUGUGGCCUACGCAAGAGUACAUUUUGCUACAGAACAAUUGAAAACAUAAUUUUGAGCUAAUUCGCCAGGAUUUUUUUUUUUUUUUUAUCAGAUUCUUCAUACUGGGUUUGUGUUCUGUUCAUCAACUGCAAGUUAUACACUUUCUUCUCAAGAGUACUCCACACAACCACUCAAAAA